AUCACGCUAAAAAUCGGAAAAAUGGCAGAGAGCUCUUCCGGAGUAUUUUCUUUUGACGGCGAAAUGUCAGAGGAAGGUCAAGCUGAUAGCCAGGCUAAUUUCAUCAACAACUCAAGCUCGGCCAAAGCUGACGGGAAUGCUUGGUCACAGGAAUUUCUUGAUCCAAAUGGCGACACAAACUUCCCAUCUCAAGAUGGUGAUGGAAGCUUUGAAGCAGAUGACAAUCCAGGAUCAUAUGAUUAUCUGUAUGGGAGUACCCCACCCCGUCAGAUGCGAAGUGCAAGGAAGCAGACUAGCAAGGGCAACAGUGGCAAAGGUGGCAAGCCGCCUCGACUGGUGCUGCAGGGAACUCCUAAAAAAGAGCCAAAGAAGGACAAAUCCCAGAAUCAAGCCAAAAGAUCUCUUGCCAAAAAGAUGGACUCUGCGGACUAUGGACCGUCUGCACAGAAUACCAAGCAAAAGCUCCACCAGCGGAAGAUGAGAAGCAUACACCUUGAUAGGACAAGUGAACGUGAGUUUAAACAGAAAGCCAUCACGUAUGAUGGAUCUGAGUUACAUGUGCCACUCACUCCUACAUAUGUCUUUCGUCCCUUUGACUCGCUGCCAUCCCCAAACCUUAAGAUCGACUCCUCAACAUGUUUCCGUAGUGUCAAGUCACAGCAGGUGAGUCCCCCACAUUCCCCAAGGAGCAGGCACAAGAAGACAUCCACAUCAUCAAAGCUACAGUAUGCACCGGAGAGGGUUGACUUCCACCGUACCUUCUCUGCUCUUAUACGCAUGGGGAGUGCCAAAAAGGAGAGUAGUCAGGAGAUCCCACAAAGGAUCCGUAGACAGGAUGGAAUGGCACAGGACAUUUUCCAGAUGCAGUGGAAUGAGAUAUUAUGGCUUGAACUCACUGCCUACCAUAAUGAACUCAGCAUCAAUGACCAGGAUUUGUACCUCAUUGAUGCCCGCAAGAAAGGGACUGAAGUCUUUAGUGAAAUCAUGAAAUUCAAGUAUCAAAGUGUGAUGGACAGCAAGAGUAUCCAAUCAACUUGUUCACUUGAUAAGAAACGAUCGUCUUUCAAAAAUGUGCAAAGAACUCUUGCCAAGUUUGCAGGUGGAAGGUCGAGCAGCUCUUCUGGGUCAAGCUCUCAUGGCGAUUCUGUUGAAACUUCACAAGUGAAUGGGAAUGCAUGUGAUACUUGUUGCAACACCAACCCUGUUCAUCGGAGACUUCCAAGUCUCUCGGACAAUGGAAUCUGUAUGCCCCUCAGUGCUGCCCUGAAUGCGUACAUCACUGACACUCGUGAGGCAUGGUACAAGAUACAUGCCCUGCUUGAGAAUGUAGAGCAGGUGCAACUGCUCUACCCAAACAGCAAAGCACUGCAGAAUGACUGCCAAGAGCUCAUUACACCACAAUUCACCAAGAGGCUAGAGACAUUGUGUUUAUGGAUGAACAUUACAAAUGACAUCAGUCAUAAAUUUGAACUGACUUCUCAGAUUCUAGGUGUUGUAGACCUGGAAGGUUUGUGGUGGCCAUACCUGGAUCUCCCAGGGUAUUGUGUUGAAAAUCCUGUCCAGGCUGAACCCUGCAUUGAAGAUGAAAUGGAAGAUGAAGUGAAACCGAUGGUCAGGCCUACUGCUAGGAGACCUAUGCUGGGAGCCUUAGGUCACUGGGAAUGUGUGCAGUCCAACUCACAAGAUAUGGUUCAGGGGACAUCUUGUGAUACCCAGUCAACAUCUUUGUCACGUGAUAUAUCUCAUGAUCUCUUGGAUUCAAGAGAUAUGUCUCAUGACCACAUGGAUUCACGAGAGAUGUCUCAUGAUCGCAAAGACUCUACCUGCCCCCAGUUGCCAAACUCCAUUCCCGAAGGCCAUGCUGAAGAUGACGAAACCAAGGUUCCUCCCAAAGGUAGCCAAGAUGAUGAAUAUUACCCCAAUCGCCGUGAUGAUGACGAUUACUGCUCCGAAGUGUCAUUUGGAUCAAGAUCAACCAGUCUUUCAUCUACACAAUCCUCAAAUCCUUUGUUCCCAAGAAAUCGUUCAGUGACCUUUGACAUCUCGCAUAGUGAAUAUGAUGAAUCAGCUGCCAACCUUGAAGGAUCUGAACAACCAGCAUUGACAAGCGCGCCCCAUUACAAGAGCCCUCGUACGGAUGAGUCUCCACGAACAAACAGAAUUUUCAGUGAGUGCCACUUUAGCUUUGACUAUGAUUCUUCAACGUCCAUCUACCGGCCGUUUGUUGAUCGCAGCCUCAAGCACCAGGGGUUGAGGAAGAUGACCAAGAGAUUGGAUAAGAUGCUCGGUCAUACAAUGAAGAAGAUACGUAAUGCCCAGGAAAAGUCAGCAGAUAGUUCUCCGGAUAGUAGGAGAAUAUCAACAGGGAGUGACAUUGACCUGGCUUUGAAGCCUCCUCAGUUCUUUGAAUCACCUAGCCCUUCUACUACUGAACAGACCCACAGCACACUGCUACAGAGCCAUGGUGCUUGGAGUAAAGAGUUUCAAGAUAUGAAUCUCCCAUCUUUCAUGCCAGCAUAUUUGUUCCUAGUACGUAUUCCUCUAGAUGUCAUGCACGAGUGCCUAAGGUUUAGACUAGAGCACAAACCAGAAGCAGACCCUUCAAGACAUAGCAUACAGCAGCUGAUCCGAGAAUACAAGGAAGUGAUUGGAGCCUGCACUCAUGUCAAGCAGUAUUACCAUGACAUGGUCAGCGCUGUCACUGUGGGAGAUGUCAGAGCACAGGAACAUGUCGACAAUGACAUCGAUGACUACGAGAACGAUCUCCAAGAAAUGCUCCAGGUCUAUUUUGAGUAUGUUCACAGUCGUAUGCUGAUGCUUCAGAAGCUACCUCAGGCAUCUGUAAGCCUCAAGAAUGUCCUGGAGGAAGAAUGGGCCUUUGCCAAGGAGAUGUGUCCUUACAUAAGGGGAGGUGAAGCCCAAGCAGGCAAGAGAUUCUGUAUCAUGGCGAGUAACCUGCUACAUUCUACCGCAGAGUACCUUGAGCAGAGAGUCGAUGAUGAAUGUGUUCAUCUACAGGAUAGCCAUUCAGCUGGUGGAGCAAUCAAACGUAUAAUUACUGGGUCUUGUAGAAAGUUCAGAGAGCUGUUUCAUGAGGUUCGUGACAGGGCUGCCAAGGCCUUGGGUUUCGCUAAAAUGCUAUCCAAGGAUUUAGAGAUAGCAUCCGAGUUCACUCUAAACACAUCAGUGGGAGAUUUGAUGAACAACCUCAAGCUGUCUGGUCACAUAAAGGUUCUCUUGACAAGUUUCCCUGGUUACCAAGUCUUUGUUCCUCAGCACCUCCACCAGAACACCCCACAGAUUCUCCAACUCCUCAAUGACCUCUGCGGACGAGAGGACUUCCUGUCAACCUCUGACCCCAGCUCUCCUGAUGCCAGUGAUGGCUAUCUUCUCCUGGUCAAGGACGAGGAAAGGGAGAUGGAAUCAAAAUGGGUCGGAGAAACGACGUCUGUCAAUCCUAACAUAGAGACGACCAUUGCUACCUCAGAUAUACAGGUUGAGAGUAUCCUACUGGUUGUCAACCACUCAUCACAGCUGACUAUGCAACGUAAGGCAUUCCAGAGAGCUAUGGGAAGUACAGUGACUCUGAUCAAUGAACAGACGUCUAGUCAUAACACCAUAGCUGAAGCGUUAGAAGAACUCAAGGAUAAUGCUCUUACAUUGUGUCAUAAGUUGGUUGAAGCCAUCUGCCAGGUUGAAGAGAAUCUCAUCUUAGAUUCUAUGGUCGAUGUAGAAGAGAUGGAGAGAAUUAAUAUCCUCAAGUAUUCCAGAGAUGCCAUGUGCCAAUGCUUCUCAGUAGGAUUUGAGUAUCACAAGGAGGUUAGCCGUCUUUUAUCCAACAAACAAGGAGAGUCUAUUCUCAAGUUAGCUCAACAAUGGAUGAACUUUGCUCUUAACAAGUGGGAACGAGGAAAGGGACGCCGACCAAGAUGGGCUAACCAAGGUCUGGAGUUUCUAAUCCUGGCCUGUGAACCUCGAAAUGUAGCUCAUCUUGGAGAGGAAGAAUUUCAGGAUCUUCAACGUCUGAUGAAGCAAUGUAUUGAGCAUGUGAUAGGGAAGACCACACCACAGAGCCCUGAUCGUAUGGGAUCUCCUGACUUCCUUGGUGGCAAGAUGAUGCGAUCCCGGAGCAGCAAGUCCAUCCGAAGCAGUUCAUCAUCAGAGCAAUCCAUCACCUCACCAACCAGUGUGGGAGACCUUAGACGUAUCCCUAGUGUCGAGAGAUUCCUAUCCAUCAAUUCAAAUACAAGCCCCACCGAAGAUAGGCUAGAUCCUGGUUUCCCUCGCUAUGACAAGCGUUGCAGCCCCAACCCCACCUCCUCUCCCUUGCCGUCCAACCACGUAUUCCGUGCCCUCUCCCGCGACCCUGAAUACGCUCCCCGCACCGCCAACAACUGCGCACCUCCCGGUGCUGCGUGUCAGAAGAGGGACAGACGUUCCCGCAAGGUCCAGGCGUUGGAGCGGUUGGAGCAGGCUCGUAAUGAUAAGCUACAGAGGGUAUCCAUGAUAGGAAGGAUCAGUGAUCAACAUAAUAAUCAUGAGGUGGUCAAUAUUAACUGUAAGAAGGUGACCUUCAGGUGGCAGAGGGGUUUCAAGAUCGGUGAGGGUCAAUUUGGAACAACGGUAUACUCCUGCAUCAAUAUGAAUACUGGUGAAACACUCGCAGUCAAAGAGAUGCGAUUCCAGAGGAACGACCAUCAGGUGAUCCGGGAUAUUGCUGAUGAGAUAAAGAACCUUGAGGGGAUCCGUCAUGCCAACCUUGUCCGUUACUAUGGUGUGGAGAUACACAGGGAGGAGCUGUUGAUCUUCAUGGAGUACUGCGACGGUGGGACCAUAGCUGAGGUAGCCAAGACUGGUCUACCAGAAGAGAUGAUUAGACAGUACACCAGGGAGGUUACCAUAGCGAUCAGUGUCCUCCAUGAUCACAAUAUCAUCCACAGAGAUAUAAAAGGAGCAAAUAUCUUCCUGCUCUCUGAUGGUCAUGUGAAGCUAGGAGACUUUGGUGCUGCUAUUAAACUCAAGACACAUAACACAAUGCAUGGUGAGGUUAAUACCACCAUGGGAACAGCCGCUUAUAUGGCCCCAGAGGUGAUCAACCAGACAGGGAAAGGAAAGCGUGGCUAUGGCAGGCAAGCUGAUAUCUGGAGUCUGGGAUGUGUAGUCAUUGAGAUGGUUACAGGCAAGAGACCAUGGCAUGACUAUGACCAUGAGUUCACUAUCAUGUACAAGGUAGGCGAGGGUGCUGUUCCUCAUAUACCGGAAGCAAUGAAUCCUGAAGGGAAGGACUUCCUAUCUCGGUGUCUGAAGCAUGAUUCGUCCAAACGUUGGACGGCAAACAAAUUGCUGGAUCACCCAUUUCUUAAGGUUGCUGCUGGCCAUAUCGAAGAGGAAAAUGAACAUUAGUCACAUUACCUUCUCUUGCUGGGACAUCCCCAUGGAGUGGAAAAAGUGCAUACAUUUUCUGUGGUCAAGUUAGAAUCUUGUUCUUCUUUGGUCACUUCAUAAGUCCAGUUCGGUGAAGGAUAAAGGUCUGGCUUUGGUGUUGAAAGACUCCAGGGCCCGUAAUACAAAGCUUUACGAUGAAUAGCAAAUACGAAAGAAUGCUUCUGAUUGGUUACCGGUCAGUAUUUUGAGUAAAUGCGCGUGUAACAAUGAUCUUGAUUGGCCAUUUCAUUUAGCGAUUGAUCGCUAAUCUUUGUGUUACGCUCCCGACAAUAUGAUUACUGGGGUAAUAAUAUAUCUGUAUAUCACAUAGAGAUAUUGUUCUGUUGCGUGUAAUACAUGAGCAGAAUGUCAUCAUUAUCAGUAUAUCCUCAUUCGAUGUGUAAAUCAUUUAAAUGCAAAGGAUGCAAGCUUUGG